AUGUCCUCUCAUCAUCGCCGUCUUCUUUGGAGAAAAAAGGAUCAACGCAACAAUGUCGAAGAUGAUGAAAUGCCAUUGAUUCAAGGAAAUAAUUCGGGGCUCGAGUCAAAGUUUGCAGAAUUCGAACAGAUUCUCAAUUCCAACGAUCAAUGGUCCAUUAUGGCAGGUGCCUCUCGUGACAAUGGUGAAUACCCAAACGAUUCUGAUGUGGACGAUCGGGAUGAAUCGCAUUUAUUGGAUUUGCAGCGGGAAUUGGAAGCUGCCGAGUUGGGGACGGCUGCCUCCUGCUGUCACCGGGAAGAACACCAGGAUGACGACGAAGAAGAACGCGAGGAUUCAUUGUUAGGAAAUCCAGCCAAAAUAACCGACUACCAAUCUUUGGCUUCCGCUGGUACUGUGGACAGCUUUGAUGUAGAAAUGGCAAUUGAAAAGAUCAAAAUGCAAGAGAAAGCCAUGGAACAAGCCAAAAAUGGAUCACAAGGCGAUUUGGUUGCGACUCGUGAGGAAAGGAUUCGGUUCGAGCAGUUCGUGGCUCAAAUGGAACACGAUUUUGAUGGAGCCAUACUCGCAAUGAUGGAGGCCCAUUCUGAAUCUAACUCGGCCGAAAGGGCCGGCGGCCGAAUAGUCAAGGAGGAGGUGGAAAGAAGUCAGGAACCAGAUCGUGGUGAAGGUGUCGAAAUGAUACAGCUUCCUCAGUUCUCUCCGCUUGAUACAGUGAAGGAAGAAGAACCUGCUGGAGAAAGCCGUAUCGAAAGCUAUGACGACAAUACCAGCAACGAAGACGAUGAUGAUACUGACUUUACCCCAUUUUCCGUCCCGGACUUUCCAUCGGAUGAAUCGCGAGACUACAACACCACCAGUAGUCUAUCAGGCAGUGUUGAUCAACAAAGAAUCCUACACCAUUAUAAUUCUUCCGACGUUGCAGAUCUUGUUAGCCCACUAACCGACUACGGCUCUCGUCCUCCUCUCAGUCCUGUGACUGCUGACUACGACUACAGCAAUCCCCAUCAAGAGAAGGAAGGGGAACCACCGUCCGAGCCGUGCAUUGAUUUGGAUCAAUUGGAUGCGGCAACGGUUCAAGUAGAAGAAUAUCGCGAGUCGGCAGAUGCAUUAGAAAAGCAACGCACCAAAGAAGGCACAGCAGAGCAUCUAGUCCAACAUCGGGUAGCAGUCCAACACGGAGCUGAAGAUGGAUAUUGCGAUGCUGAUGACGAUGAAUAUAGAGGCGAAGCUUAUGAUGAUGAUGAUGAUGAUGGCAACCAAUUGUGGGGAUACUUUCGAAAAUCCAAGUACCCUGUCACAGGAGCAUCCUUCCUUUGCCUUUGCCAUGUUAUCAUUCAGAUUCUAGUCUUUCGCGCGUUAUUGGGCCUGCUAAUGGAUUAUCAUCAAUCCACGAGCACCAAUCUACUAAUGGAUCCAUCGUCAGGAGAUCGUCUUCCCCUGUGUCAAACCGAUUCUGGGUGCAUUCGAGCCAUUCCUGUAGCCUUGAACGAAAAUGGAAAGCAUGAGGUGCUCGCAGCCACCAAAAGUAUGAACCAUAUGAAUGAAAUAAUACACAAUGAAGCGUGUGAGGGAUCUUGGUUCCAGUCACCAACACUCUGGUACUCAAUUGUCGGAGAUGGAAGCAAACAUACCGCGAUCGCUGCUCCAACGUCAGAGGACUUUGACGUCAGCAUCAUGGUGUUUGAAGGACAAUGUGAUCGGCCAGAGUUUUAUUAUGGUCCUGCGCAGUCUUACGGUAAGGCUGCUGGAGAGCACCCCUCAUUGCUAUGGGAUACCGUGGCAGGCAAGGAGUACUUUAUCGCUGUGUUUGGUGUGCGACCGGACAGUACUGGAUCUUUUCAGAUGACAAUGUGGAAUACACAGCAUGCCAAAGACGCUCUUUCAGAUCAUAUAGAAGAGAAGGGUGCUGAUUCGUUUCAACAUUUGGCAGUUGGUGGAGCUGUUAGUAUCUCGAUGGCCUUUCUUGCUGCAGCAGCAUUCUCAUGA